UCCAGCUCUGAGCAAGCACCAGCUGGAGGGUGGUUCAGGGCACUGUGAUAAUGUCCCACCCAGCCGGAGAGGAUGUCAUCAUCCGAUUUACAUGGCCAGCCUUGGUUGUCAUUCAGGAUGCCGUUCAUAGCGACUACUCUUGAGCACUGAGAUUGCGGAUCGCGUGGAAUGCUGGCUUGUCUCCCCUGGCUCAGCCGAAUUCACCAUCACCCGCCGCUUGGUUAUAACAUGCCUCAGCGAUCGCAGGGCUUUGCAUUUUUUGUUAUUGAAUUUCAUCCUAUUUAUUUCAGACCAUUUCUCCAGUUUGUCAAGAUCAUUUUGAAUUCUAAACCUGUCCUGCAAAGUGCUUGCAACCCCUCCCAGCUUGGCAUUGGCUGCAGACUUUAUAAGUGUACUCUCCAUGCGCUUAUCUAAACCAAUUAGGAAGAGACAUUGACUAGAAGGUGUUCAUUGUCAGUCACCGUGUCCCUGUGUUAGAGGGGAGACAUAUCUGCCGGGCAGGCCAGCAGUGAGAGUACAGAAAUGGACUCUGGCUUUGCAAGGAGAAAACAUGGGACUGUUCCGUUUAAAGAGCCAAGGGAAUGGAUUGCAGGAAACCUCCAUGCCAACAAGGCUAGAGCAGAAGAGGCUGUUUGGUUUAUAGACGUUGUGGAGCGUGCGGCUGACAUGACUGGGGUAUCUGAGACUCACACCAGCAAGGGGACGCCCCUGGGUGAGUGCCCCGUGUGCUAUGAGAAAUUCCACCCGCUGGAGGCUGCCCAGAGGACACUGAGCUGUGGACACACCUUCUGCCACGACUGCCUGGUGAAGUGCCUGCUCUCCACCAGGCUAGACGGGCAGGUCCAGAACAAUCUCAUCUGCCCUGUCUGCCGCUAUGUGACGUUCCUCAGCAAGAAGGUGACCCGCUGGCCUCCCAAACCAGGGGAGCCCCCGCAACCUCUGGAGCUGGCUCUCUCACCCUCCUUGUUACCCCACCUAGCAAAGUCAGGGCCAGACAACACCUUGGUGGUCCCCAGCCAUUUUGUGAUGCCAGUGCAGAGCUAUGACAGGAGCGACAGCAUGUGUGGUGUCCCCAUGGACUCAAUGGCCAUGCCAGCUGGCCUGGCUCGGGAAGCCCACGUCUUCGUGAUCAGUGAUCAUGGGAUGCCGCUGGUGGAGGAGAACUGUAGGUCAGAGCUUAGGGGACGCAGCACAGAGGCGCCAGAGUCAGGGGCAUCCAUGAGUUCCCUUGGGAUGCGGUGCUGCCAGUCACCCAUUAUACUGGCUGUUCUCCUCAUCUCGACAGUCGCCCUGUUGGCGGCCGUGUUCCCUUGGGUUCUGCUGGUGAAGAGGAGUUCCUGAGCGGGACUGGAGAAUGCUCCAAACAGGACCCAGGCAGAGAGCUGUGCCUAGAACCCAACACUUGCAGAGAUACCCAGUGCCUCUAGGCGAAUGCCCCCUUCUCUUGGGCACAACUCAGGAUCCUUGGAUUGUCUGCAAUAUGGAAAUCCUGCAGGCGGCCAUGACGCAAAUACCUGUGGGCUUGCUGGCCAGUGUUUGCAUGGGAGAUCUCUGAGGAAUGCCCAGAGGCUGCAGGAAAUGGCACCAUGACUUAGCAGGCGUUGCACUUCCUUCUGACCGAGGGGCUGAACCAGUGCCCCGGUGAGGUGCUGGGGGCCGUGCGCCAGAGUGAGUGGGCGGGUGGUGCUGAGACAGCUCAGGGGCACAGGGCUGGCAGAGGUGCUGCCUUGGAGCCAAGAGGCCAUGCCAAGGACCUGGCCCCUUGUGAUAAAUGUAUUCAGACACCAAGUCACAGGACAGAACCCUGCCCGUGUCAUGUGGAGGCACAAGA